AUGGUAGAAGAAACCGCUAGGAAAGUACGAAACAUUAUUACAGAACUCUACCAAAAGAAACACAUUGAUGAAAUGAAAUUAAACUGGUUGUCUCACACACCGAACCCUCCACGCAUUCCAGUUUUCUACACUCUUACAAAAACACACAAGGUCAGCUUGUCAAGUCGACCAAUAAUCUCUGGAUGCGAUUCCCCUACUGAGAGAAUUUCAGCUUUUGUUGACAGUCUCCUUCAACCAAUAAUGAAAGAACAGCAGUCAUACAUUAAAGAUACAACUCAAUUUAUUAACUUCAUUGAAGGAACGAGAGUUCCACAAAAUGCAGUCCUUGUCUCAAUGGACGUUACGAGUCUAUAUACAAAUAUACCGCAAGAAGAGGGUAUCACGACCAUAUGCCAUGCAUAUGACACAUUCUACACGACAACGCCCCCUAUUCUCGAUUUUCACAUGACGUCAUCAAAAUUCAAACUAGGAAACUAUCGAUUCUUCUGAGAUUCUGAGUUUCAUGAGGUAUUACAGCACCUAAACACCUUUAUUUAAACAGAGGUUUGGUUCGAAAGGGUUCUUCGUUUUGCGAUGGAGGACGUUUGAAUUUCUAGGCUUUUGCGUGACGCGGCAUUUAGCUGGCGGCCGGGACUGCUCUUCUGUGGGUUAAAAACAUUACCAGUUUGGGGAGAUUUUGCUAUCUAAACAUUCCUUCUGUCAGAAUAAAUAUCACUUUAAUAGUUUAUGAGUUUUUUAAGCGAUGAAUUAACGCAUUAGUAGGAAAACUCAAAAACAGAUGUUUCUGUUGGUUUCCGGCGGCCAUAUUUGUGCCCCUCAAAGGGACACAAACAUGGCGCCUCCAUACAAAGCUUUAUAAAUUUGGGUAAAACGUUUUUCCUAAUAUCUCGCAUAUGAAAUAUCGCACAGACCUGAUUCUUGGCAAGGUCUUUUGCUUAUUUAUCUUCUUUUAUUUCCAAGAUUCGGGACUUUCUGUAUCGAAUGGUUUGCAAUUUUAUUUUUGAUUGCGUGACAGUGAAAACCGAGAAUACCAACACACUAUCUUAGAGAAAUGCUGAGACUUAUAUUACAAGAGAACUCUUUCCAAUUCAAUGGAAAAGACUUUCUCCAGACCCAUGGUACAGCUAUGGGCACUAAAACAGCGGUCUCUUUUGCUAAUAUUUUCAUGGCUAAGAUUGAGACAGCAAUUAUCGAUCAGCAAAGUACAAAGCCGUUGGUAUGGAAAAGAUAUAUCGAUGACGUGUUUUCCCUAUGGGACACUAAUAGAGAGGAAAUUAACAACUUCAUUGAGCAUGCAAAUAACUACCAUCCUACAAUAAAAUUCACUGCUGAUAUUUCUGAUAAAGAAAUCAUCUUCCUUGAUACAUGCAUCUACAAAGGAGCACGAUUUGAAAAGGAAUCUAUCCUUGACACGCGUACCUAUUUCAAGCCUACUGAGACAUUCCAGUACACGCAUUUUAAAUCCUGUCACCCACCCGGAGUCAAAAAAGGCUUCGUGAAAGGUGAAGGCCUGAGACUUUCGUAG